UUGGAGGUCGAGCCGAGCAGAGGAAAAGAAGUCUCAGCGUUUUGCUUUUGUUUCUUUCCCUGCUCCCAUUCAACAUACAACCUCCUGCUCCCGCCUGCACUUUCGGUUACGAGAAUUGCAGCAGCUGCAGCCUGCAGGGCGAACGAAGCAGAGAGAUAGACAGAGAGAGAGAGGACGAGGGUGGGGUGGCAUUGCAUUGAACAAGGAAUAGAGACGAGACGCGAGAGAGAGAGAGAGAAGAAAGAAGGACGGGUCAAGGUAUCAGUUCUGUUCUCAACUCAUACUAUUAUAAUAAUAUUAUAUUAAACCAAACAAAAGAUGGAUAGAGCGAAAAGAAAGGUUGAAUACAGCGAAGCAGAAAUUAUUCAGACGGAGGAGCCUAUAAAGAAAAGUUGAGCUUUGAUAUGUAGAAUACAUAUAGAUAAAAGAAAGCAGAGAAAUCGAUCUAAAUUUUCUCAUUGGACAUACUAUGCCACUGUUUUCGUGGGUGCCCACUGCAGCUUUUUGUAUCUACUAUUUCUCUCUCUCUCUGUAUCUCUCUCUUGAUUAUAAAUAAUUAUUCCGCUUCUCCUCCACAGUUUUCCUUUCGAUGCUUUGAUUUCUUUUCUUUUGCAUCUCCUCCUUUCCACCCUCACCAGUAAUGAUUUUCUCGUUACGGGUAUCGCUGUUGAGGAAUCUGAGGGGGUCUGAUUUUGGAAAAGUAGUAGCAGGAGGAGCAGCAGAAGAAGAGAAAGAAGGAGAACGAGAGUUGAUCAUAGAUCUUCUUGGGGUCGAUUGACUGAUAUAUAUAUAUAUAUAUAUAUAUUUUUUUUUUUUUUUUUGAUCAAAAAGCAAAUUUGGGGUUGUGGGUUUUUGGUCUUGUUGUACUGUAUUCUUCUAGUUUUCUGGCUUUUUCUUUUUUCGGUUGUUGCUGGGUGGAUUGCAUUGUUUAUUGGUUGGAGCUCUAUUAUCAUCCCUCUUCUUUUUUUUACUUCCUUCCUCCUCAUGUCUCAACAACAAAGACAAUUCCAGAUGGUUGGCGGCAAAAAUGCUGGGCAGUUCGGAGAUACAACGUACACAAAGAUCUUCGUUGGUGGGUUGGCUUGGGAGACUCAGCGAGAAACGAUGAGACGUUAUUUUGAGCAGUUUGGGGAGAUCCAAGAAGCUGUGGUUAUCACCGAUAAGAACACAGGAAGAUCCAAGGGAUACGGUUUUGUGACGUUCAAGGAUCCGGAUGCCGCAACGAGGGCUUGUCAGAAUCCAUCCCCAGUGAUCGAUGGAAGGAGAACUAACUGCAAUCUCGCGUCUCUUGGUGCACAUCGGAAUCACCCAUCCACCCCUCAACAACAUGGUAUGGGGAGAUUCAGACCAGUUCCGGGAUCGAUUGCUCCGCCCGCUUAUCAUGGCUCGUCUUCCACGUAUUUCCAUCAACCCACCGCUCAGUACGCAUUUCCUUAUCCUACUUACGGGUAUUCAGGUCAUUCACAAGAAGGCAUGUACCCCAUGCAGAACUAUUACAGUGUAUAUGGGGAGCAGCAGUUUUCGCCAUACUACGUUGCUACUGCUGUGGCGUCGGGGGCUCCUGCUAUCUUCCAUAAUUUCUAUCCAUUGUACACCCAACAACAUGGUAGCAGCAGUCAAGCUCAAGGACAGAGUUUUGGGAUUCAUUAUCCCCAGAUGAUACCUCAUUACCCAUAUUUGCCUCAGCAUUAUGGUGGUGGUGGCGCCGCCUCAGCAGCUGCUUCUGCAAUCACAACCACAACCACCGGUUCGGCGACAAUUACGGUAGGAGCGGCGCCGGCAAUGACAGGUUCCAGUGCUUCACAAGCCGCUGAGGCAACGACCCCCUAGCAGAAUACUUCAUCAGCUUAGUCCUUUUUUUUAGUUAACGAAGAGGAUACUGCAAUUUUGUUCCGUCACUCUUGACAGGAUUCAUUUAACAUGGGAAAAAAGAAGGGACCAAGUUUUGUCGAUUACCCGGUGGAGAGAAGAGAAGCAGCAUCAGGAAUUCUUUUUAUUCAGACGAAUUCCUGGAUGGUACUAUUGGUAUUGCCAUUUAUUUGCCAGAUAAGAAGAAAAAUAGCGGCAGUCUUGUCAAUUAGAGAGGAGAGAGAGAGAGAGCUCUGCCAGUGCCAGCCAUGGUAUCAAUAGCGUAGUCAUUAGGAUUUGGUAAGGUGGUAUAGAGAGAGAGUCUUGGUCGUUUAGGAUAAAAGGCCACAUUUAUUUCUGUAUUAGUCAAGAAAGAAAAACGAGGUCGAAACGAAAUAUUGGCUUCGGAUUCGACCUAGUGUUUUUUUUUUUUUUUUUUAAAUGAUUCGACCUAGUGUUGAUACUGAUUUUUUAGACUGAUUCGUAUUGUCUCGGAAUGCACGGGGCUUCCGAUGAUGAUAACAAACCACUUUUCUUUUAUGCUUUAGUUAGCAGCAAUUGGCCCGAAAGAUUGGUUUUUUUUAUGUCUUCGAUCGGACCACCACUGUCUACCGACAUUGAUUUGUCAAGAAGAAAGACCAACUCAUGAUAGAUUGGCUUUUUUCAA